AUGAAUCCUAAUAGUACGACAGAUGACACAUAAUUUUCGCUUUUAGAAAAAAAACCCAAAAAAUCACAAUUGUUCUAAAAGAUAUUCUUCUUUACCUUAGGUGUGUCGUCACUGUCAGGAUGGAAUGCUAUCUUAACUGGUUUAUCAUAUUUUGCUGAUUAAUAUGAUGGUAUUAAAAAUUACCACUAAUUAUUUAGGGAGAAAUGUUUAUUUCAUACUGCCUAUUCCUAAUUUCAUAAGUUUGUGCUUGAUUGGAUUGUUUUUGCCUCGUAUCAGUUCUCUACUCUCAAUGUUUUUCAGGAUUGUCUGGUCACUAAUAAUUUUAUGUGGGCUUUUGAUUCUUUUACCAAUCAUAGCAUUAGAAAUGCACAGUGCUCUAGGUAUUAGUUUAAUUAAUAUAAAAAGGUUAUUGGUUAUGUUUAAUCACAAUUUUCAUCAUGGGAAUAUUUUCAUCACUAUAAUAGAAUAGUUCAAUUGGGAUGUCUGGAAUACUAGGUCCAGAGUACGUCAAUGUAUUCUUUAUUGGUACAGGAGCAUCUGGAACUAUCAUCACCAUUUUUAGAUUAAUAUCCUUGGCAGUAAUUGACAGUGAAAAAUGUAAUCAAAUUCUAUAUUGAAUAGCCAUAUUUUUAUAUAUUGGAAUUGCAGUGCUUUGGAAUAUUGGUGCCAUAGUGAUGUACUUUGCAUUUACUAAGACACCAUAAUAUAGAAAGAUUAUUUAGGCUCACAAAAAGGGUAGGAAGUCAGUUCUAGUUCAUGAUCAAAUUGUUACAGAAGAGGAACCAGACAAUGCUAUAUAAAACGACAGUUUGAUUUCUGAUAUCAUCAAUUCAGAGAUUGCCAAUCCUAAUAAUUAAACUGAAACUUCAAAUCAUAACAAUGAAAUUGAACCAUCCAAAUAAAAUAAAGACUAAAUAUCAAUAGAAAAGAUGAAUGUAAUUUAAACUUUGAUCUGGAUUAAUAAAGUAGCCUUUCCUAUUCCUUUAUUGAUCGUAAUUCUUUACAUUUAAACAUUUAUGAUGUUUCCAGGAGUAGCCUUCUAAAAGUCUUUCGAUUCUGAAUUUAUUAAUUGGGGUCAAUGCUACAUUAGUUUAGGAUACAAUAUUGGAGAUACCUUAGGAAAGUUUUUAGCUGGAAAUAGAAAACUAUUUAAUCUAUAAAUUUUAGUUGGUUUAUUUUUAGGAAGAUUUGUUUUUUAUUACACCUACAUAGCAAUUGCCUAAGGAACUCUGGAUGCCAAUUGGAUAUCAUACAUCAACACCCUUCUAUUUGGAACCUUAAAUGGAUUUAUUACAACAGGCUACAUGAUAUUAGGACCAGAAAAAGUAAUUGUGAUAAUUAUAUAUAUAAUAGACAAACGAAGGUUUUGUUAAAGAAAAAAUUGGUUUUGUAUCUGGAUUUUCCCUUUGCUUCGGCAUUAUGUUAGGAACAUUCUUAGCUCUGCCUUUUUCAAAUAUAUCUAAAUGA